AUGGUGUCGGACCCUCGUGGGCCUGGUCAAUAUGUGGUUCUCGGGGGCGAAAGACGAUACAGGGGCGUGCACGACGUCCACCCUGGAAUCGCCCGCGGGGACUACAAACUACCUCUACCGGUCAUCAUUACCUGCGAGACUGAGGAAGAAACAGCAAGACUGGAGAGGCUACAGCCGUUCUUUGAUCUCGCGGAGGAGGCACUCAAUCCAGAGCCCGACAUCGUCGCCGGUAUCGCGCUCAAUCUAAAGACGAACGACGAGGCUAGGGAAAUCUGUGAGGAGCAGGAUGCUGUUCAUACUCUUGACCAGGGGAAGUGGGAGGCUGACCGCUACCCGUCGAACGGUUCUGUCCUGUCUCUACUUGUAUCCGAGGCGCUCCCGUACGCACUCAGCAUUUACAACAUGCGCGUGAGCAUCCCCAACAUCAUCCUCACUAACUCUGGCGAGCUGCGCUACGACAUCUUCGCGGGCACGUUCAAUGAGAAACACCAGCUCACCGCACUCCCCCUCGCAGACGCCUUCCUCUACGUCCCGAACAUCACCAUGUCCGUCGCGGAGCAGGUCCUUCUGGGGCUCAACAAGGACGGCGAGAACGACCGCCGGUCGCUCGACCUGUUAGAGCGCGACGCGAGGGGCGACAGCGACGCGAAGUACACCGACUCGGACGUGCUGUCGUACUCGCCGAUCCUUGCUAGUGCCUACGACCACAGCACCCUCCCUGCCUCCCGCGCGCCUUCAACAUUCCGAACGGCCGUGCUCGCGCAUGUCUGA